UCGUCCGCCUCUUCGUUCGCAAAACAAAUUUAGCCCAAACGUUUACAUGUCCUAACGCGCAAGGAACGAGGAGCAAGGAGAAUGCGUGCUUGCUCCGCCGCCACCGCUGAAUUUUCCGACGGCGAAGCUUGGUUGUCCGGCUGAAGGAUAGCUGCCGGAAAUACUUUUGGAGAAGAACUGAGAGAUUAGGCAGGAGUAGGAUGCCGACCAUGACCACCGCCUUGGCCAUAGAUGGUUUGUUCCAAUACAACAGGAAAGAAUCCCUCGCCAAGAAACCCUCACCAUCCGAGAGCCGCGAGACGGCUGCGGAAUUACCGGCUUCGGAGGUAGCGGCGGGGCCUUCGGCGCAGCGGUAUUUUUACUCUCCGGCACUCUAUGCAACGCCGGACCCUGGGCCGAUCCCGGAUGUUUCCUCGAUCGCCUCUUCCCCGAACAUCUAUGUCGUUAACCACAAACGCCGUGACGGGGGAUCCCGAAAAGCGGCUCCAAGCCGGGCGGAGGGGUUUGAAGACAAGUUGGAGGCGGAUGUCUUGAAGGGAGGAGAUGCGAUUGCUUUGUCUGGGAUUUUGGGAAAAGGGAAGGAGAAGGUAGAGGAGGAGGAGAAGAAGAAGUUUGUUGGAUGGGUUGGAGAUGCAGAAAUCGUUGAGGAGGUAAAUGAUGAUUUCCUUGAUCCGCAGGAUUCUGCGAAUGCUGGUCCCAGCGGGAGCGAUGUUGAAGAUGGAGAUAGCUUGCGAUGUGGUUGCUCGGGAAACCAGCCACGGAGCCAGGACGAGUAUUAUGAUACUGCUGAGGAUUUCUUCUCCGAUGGUUCUUCGUCAUAUUCAUCCCCUUCGGUAAAGAGAGGUACUGAAAAUGAGCUGCGCCUUCUAAAACUCAGCCUAAUUGAGGAGUCCAGUAAGAGAAAAAUCGCAGAAGAAAAUUUUCUUUAUCUGAAUAUGCAGUUUGAAAAGCUACUGAAAUGUCUCUCACAGUCGAGAUCAUCUUCGCGGGAAUCACUGAAUCUUGCAAAUCUAAAAAAUGAGAUUGAUCCUACAGAAAUUUGCCAAGAGUUUGUUGUUUUAAAACAUGUAUCUGAAGCUCUUGAAACAGACCUGGCAAAAGGUGAAGGUGAAGAAGCUUUCACGGAAAUUAUUGUGAACAAGAAUCAUGAAAUAUCUCGCCUACGUGAUCGUAUGAUGUAUUAUGAAGCUAUGAACCGUGAAAUGUCACAGAGGAAUCUGGAAGCCGUUGAUCAGGCUCGUAAGCGACGGCUGAGGAGGCAGAGAAUGCGAAAGUGGAUCUGGACCUGUGUUGGCUUGUCCAUCACUGCUGGAGCUUCUCUACUUGCAUAUUCCUAUCUGCCCCAUCAUGGAGAUAACAUUUCUUCUGCUCCCAGUUCCGACUCCUGUACAGCCAUUACAGAAUGAUUUCGUAGCUGUAUGGCUAUUAUUUCCCGUCUUGAACAUUCAAAAUCAUCAAAAAUAAGGAUAAAGCUUGCAGCUCUCUCUGAAGUUCUGUUCCUUCGCCAGGUUUGUUCUUUUUUAUGUGAGUUUUACUACAUGUUGACUUGGAUUUGGAUAGGUUCUUUGCUUGUCAAAUGGAGCUCUCUUUAGGAAGAAGGCGAUGGUGGCUUUACCCCAUCAGAUACGUAUCAAUGAAUAGUUAGUGAUACAGGCCAUUUCAAUAGGGGAAAAUACUGUUCUUAGGGGUGAUUUGGGCUUCGUUUGGGACCGCUUUUUAACUGCUUCUUAAAGCAACUUUAAAAAGCAGUAAGAAAGUCGUCCCUAACGAAGCCUUAG